CUUCAUCUCGACCAUCGUCACCUCGCUCCCUCCACUGCAUCGCACUCCACUCCCCGUCUGUUAGAUAUCUCGUCGGAGACAAGAAGACCAUGAGGGAGACCGCAAGGAGAGAUUUUCCUCUGCGGGUUUGAGAGGAAAACCCCGAGUCCCGAGUCCCACUCGACCGGCUCCUACUCGCUCGUCCUCGUCAUUUUGCUGAUUGCGCAGUUCCAUUGAAGUCGGUUCUUCCAGAAUCUUGCUCAUCUCCAAAAGUCUGGUCCUACUCGACAACCUUACAAUCUAAGCUUACUCGCCGGAGUGUCGGCGGCUGUAGAUGAUUAGAAUGGCUUGCUCAGUGUACUUAACACCCCCCAUUUUCCUCCACAAUGCAAACAACGCCAAGACUGCACUGAAUGCUAGCCCAGUCAAGAUCGCCAGGGCAACACCGAGGUCGAGAACAUUUGCCCAGUUCGCAAUUCCACCCCUCUCCACUGCGGCGGCUGACUUUGCGUCCGUGGACGGCACGGCGAUCGCUGUCAUCGGUGGCAGCUCGGUGGCUGCAUUGGCUGCGGUGCUCACGCUGACGGAUCCAGAGAGGAGGCGGCAGCUCCAGGCAGAGGACGUGGGCGGCGGGGACAAGGAGGUGGUUAGGGAGUACUUCAACAACUCAGGGUUCCAGAGAUGGAAGAAGAUUUACGGGGAGACAGAUGAUGUCAAUAAAGUCCAGCGUGACAUACGGCUUGGCCACUCCAAGACUGUGGAGAAUGUGAUGAAGAUGCUGACUGAUGAGGGGUCUCUUCAAGGGGUCACCGUCUGUGAUGCCGGGUGUGGCACAGGGUGCCUCGCUAUUCCGCUGGCAAAGGAAGGCGCUAUCGUAUAUGCCAGUGAUAUCUCCGCUGCUAUGGUUUCUGAGGCCGAGAGGCAGGCGAAAGAGCAGCUUCAAAUAACCAACGAUGACCAAUCACCUCCUCCAACUAUGCCAAAAUUCGAAGUGAGUGAUUUAGAGACCCUAAAAGGGAAGUAUGACACGGUGAUAUGUUUGGAUGUUCUCAUACAUUACCCGCAGAGUCAGGCGGAUGGGAUGAUUGCCCACCUCGCUUCACUGGCAGAGAAUCGGUUGAUUCUGAGCUUUGCUCCGAAGACAUUCUACUAUGAUCUGUUAAAGAGAGUUGGGGAGUUAUUCCCAGGACCUUCCAAGGCAACAAGAGCUUAUUUACAUGCCGAGGCAGAUGUCGAGAGAGCAUUACGGAAGGUUGGGUGGAAAAUAAGGAAGAGAGGCCUAACCACCACUCAGUUUUACUUUGCGAGACUUGUCGAGGCUGUUCCUGCAUAAAGGCAAGGGAGUGAGUGAGAUGGAACUGUGUGCCAAAGUCGAAAGCAAAGAAGAAGCAGACUUAAAUACAGAAGGACCCCGACCAUAUAAUGAGAGAAAGGUGAGCUCAAAACUGUAGCUGCCAAAGAGUACAUUGAUGUGAUCACUCCAUUUUUUUGCAACUCUCCUGGAAUUUUUCAGGAGCAACCAAACUUAUCAGACAGGCUGUUGCAUCCUUUAAUCUUUCUUUUGUUAAGGGUCGGUGUAAGUUUGGAUACUUGAUAAGGUUGCUCUAUCACCCUGCACCAGUCUCUCUCUCAACAGUGGUCUCUAGUUGGUGCGCCGCCCCCUCCUCCCGAAAGGAAAAGAGUACUGAAAAGUAAGAAAAAGAGAGGAAAGUUGGUUCAUAACUGAAAAUUUUUUCAUUUGCGUUGU